GCAGAGCAUGAGGGCGGCUGCUAGGCUGCAGUCAGUGGCACAGCGACAGUCAUGGAGCGCUGGGUUGGAAGGGUGGCCGUUGUGACGGGAGCCAGCGCAGGCAUCGGAGCUGCAGUGCUCAAGGCACUCGCCUCACAUGGCAUGUCUGUCGUCGGCCUAGCUCGCAGGAAGCACCGAGUCAAGGAGUUGGCAGAGGAGCUGCAGAGUCAAGGUUGCACUGGAAAGGUGUUUGCAGUGCGAGCGGACAUAUCACGCGAGGAGGACAUUCUGCUGGCAUUCUCCUGGAUAGAGAAGUCGUUGGGUGGGGUCGACGUGUUCGUCAAUUGUGCUUCGAUAACGUCCAACGUCACGCUGAUAGAGGGACGCACGGAGGAGUGGCGACGAGUGCUGGAAGUGAAUCUGCUGGGUCCAUGCAUUUGCGCGAGGGAAGCAGUGAAGCUGAUGCGAGCGCGCCCCGCGGACGACGCGCACAUCAUCAACAUCAACAGCAACACGAUGAACGAUGGAGCCGGAAAGGGUAUGACUCGUGCCACGCGACAAGCGGCAAUGAUCCUCGGACAAGGCCUGCGAUCAGAGUUGGCUGACGCUCGUUCAAGAAUCAGAGUGACUAAUGUGACAGCAGGUGGUGUUUCUGGGCCGGGCGCUCAACAGUUCGCGCAGCUCGAAGAAAGGCAGGCUGCUGAGCUGGUCACAUUCAUUCUAGCUGCUCCACCUGCAUUCCAGGUGACAGAGGUUAUGCUGCGAUCAUUCACUGAGAAAGCUGCUCUUGCACAAAGAGCGAACAAAUAAACGGGAACUUAAUAAUUUUCAUCUUCUAAAACGUCAUUCAAAAACCAACUAAUUAUCAUUUGUUCCUACUAAGAAUAUCAUAAUUAUUCUACAACAUCAUUGAGUUACCAAAAUUGAACAUUAGUUCAUACCACAAAAACAUGGACAGAAUAAAUCAAUAAUUAUUACACGUUUAAGAGAAUCAUCAUUUUUGCACCCAUUCCAUUGGAGUCAUCCAAGGUUCCCAUUAUAAUUGGGAAAAAAACUCAACCCUGCUGAACACAGAGGAACUCCGCCCAUGUUAUGUUAUCAGGCACAUACGUUAUUUAUAUAGCUAUUUUUUCUACCAUCUCAAUAAUAAAAUUAUAUCACUAGA